UUUCGCUGUGAUGAAGAAUUUAUAACUUUGAUUUCUGUUCUGGGUAAAAUAGCUUCAUCACGUAAAAAUAUAUUUACCACUGGAGUGAAGGAAUGCGCGUGCAAAUGUCUAGGUUUUUUAUCGACAUUGAAUCUUCAAGCUAAUUUAUACGAAAGCAUCAUCGGUCCACCUCAACCUGAGGUCCAAUUUUUUGUUGGAGAAUCGCUUUUUGACGCAAUAUUAGGUGAAUGUUCCGCUUCUCGCCGAGAUUUAUUUGUUGAUACGGAAGAAAAAUUCAUUGUAAAAAUAUUAAAUCUGAUUCUUAGUAAAAAAUUAUGCCACUCUAAUUGUCAUCUUCGCCAAGCGGCGAUUAUUUGGCUUUAUAUACUUUCUAAAAAUGGUGUACGAGCGAAGAUGAAAAUUAUUUUUGAUAAUCUUGCUACAAUACAACUCGCAUUUAUCGAUGGUCUUGCAGAAAAUAAUGAUUUUUCACAUGAUAUUGCUACCAAAGGAUUAGGCAUUGUAUUUGAAAGUGCAAAUGAUGAACAGAAGAAAACAAUGUUGGAUGAUCUGAUGGCUGCACUUGUAGCAGGCCGCAAACGUGCAGUACCUUUAACACUUGAUACGCAACUUUUUUACGAUGAUUUGCUUGGAAAAGCUUCUGGUGAAAGAUUAGCAACUUAUCGUGAAAUCUGUUCGCUUGCUUCUGAAUGUAAUCAACCUGAUCUUAUCUACAAAUUUCUACAAAUCGCCAGUCAUAAUGCGACCUGGGAUUCUAAAAAAGGUGCUGCUUUUGGUUUCAGUGUGGUACUUCAACAAGCUGAGGAUAAGGCAAGACCGUAUUUUUCCCAGCUUAUUCCAAAACUAUACAGGUACAGGUAUGAUCCCGAUAUGAAAGUUAGGUCUGCGAUGUUAUCUUUGUGGAAUGUCGUUAUAUCCUCCGAUAAAAAUGUGGUUUGUUUUUCAAAUUUCGAAAUUUUGAAGUCGAUCGAACUUUUGAUCACAAUGAUCAAUAAGGAGUGGCGCAUAAGAGAAUCAAGUUGUUUGGCCCUAGCAGAUUUUUUGAGCACUCAUUAUUCUACAGAUAUGAUUGAUAAAUUCACUGAUCUUUAUGAAAAUCUAUUUCGCCUAAUUGAUGAUAUUAAGGAAUCUGUUCGAGUGGCUGCAAAUCGGUCAUUAACGGUAUUAAUCAAAAUAACGCGUCGCGAAUGCUCGUCGAUACGAGGCGAAAAAGCCUCGCAAAUUUUGAGCAUCGUUCUGCCAGUGCUUAUUGAGAAUGGGUUGAAUUCACCUGUCAAAACUGUUAAAUUAUUGAGCUUGAAAGCAAUAAUGGGUUUAUCAAAAGAUGCUGGAAUUGUUUUGCAAAAACACCUUGUAUUAAUUAUUCCUUGUUUAUUAGAUGCUUUGAGUGACUUAGAACCUGCUUCAUUGAAUUUUAUUGCUGUGCGAUCAAAUGAAUCUGAAGUAGAAAUGAUUGAUUCUGCUCGUAUUUCUCUCGCUCAUAAUUCACCAAUCAUGUCUUCGCUAUUUGACUUAAUACCAAUAAUUGAUGAAAAUAUUUUGCCACCAUUAUUUAGCAGGCUUUGUGAACAGUUACAUUCGAGUUUCGGUCUGACUACUCGAACUGGAGCGUGUCAAUUUGUAAUUAAUAUGUGCUUACGCUGUCAACAGUUGCUUGCUACUUCAAAAUCAAUUUGUGACAAAAUGCUUCAAACUCUUUUUUUGGGCCUGCAAGAUCGAAAUUUAACUAUACGAAAACAAUUUUGUAAAACAAUUGCUCAUCUUAUCAAAUACUGUUCCCAAAGUAAGACUGAAAUUUUACUCAAAUUCAUCGCAGAAAGCUUGCAAAAUGAUCAAGGUUUUCUUUUUUAUCUUUAUUUUCAUCAAUGUUUUUUUAAGAUGAAUUAUGCAAAUUAA